AUGGCUAAAGGCUACUACAUCAGCAAACCUUUGGCCAGAGCUGCUGCACUGCUGGCUGUCAUCGCCGUCAUCGUCAUCAUCGCAUUAUCAGCCGCUUACUCCAAAGAAAAAGCCAAAAAUGCCAUUAACGACAAGACAGCAUCGCCCGUGCCCCCCACCGCUCCACCAUCCAAUGAUCCCUGGGACCAAUACAGACUCCCCAACUCCUUGUCUCCUCUGUAUUACAACGUCACCCUGUGGCCUCGGCUCACCCCGGACAGUCAGGGGAUGUACGUCUUCACCGGUAGCUCCUCAGUUUCCUUCAGAUGUAUCAAAGAGACCAAUCUGAUCCUGAUUCACUGCCACAAGCUCAACUUGACUCUUUUCGACGGCUGGCACGCCAAGCUGAUGCCAACGGACGGUACAAAGGCGCCAACCAUAACGAAAACCUGGUUCCAAGAGGAAACCCAGUACCUGGUCAUCCAGCUGAAGGCGGCGUUAAAGCCGGGAAGCGUCUACUGGCUCUAUACGGAGUUUACAGGAGAGCUGGCUGAUGAUCUGGAGGGAUUUUACAGAAGCGAGUAUGAGGAAGACGACAACAAAAAGGUGGUCGCCAUUACUCAGAUGCAGGCCACGUUCGCAAGGAAAGCUUUUCCCUGCUUCGACGAACCAGCCAUGAAGGCCGUCUUUAACAUCACGCUCAUCCAUGAGCCUGGAACUGUUGCGCUAUCAAACAGCAGAGAAAUCAAUAAAGAACAGCUCACAAUGGAUGGAAGUAAAGUCAUUAGGACGACGUUUGCACCCACCAAGAGGAUGUCCACGUAUCUGGUUGCAUUCAUCGUCUGUGAAUUCACCUACGUCAGCAAUCAAAAAGAAAACAAGGACCUCAUGGUUCGAAUAUGGGCACGGAAAAAAGCCAUCGAAGCCGGGCAUGGUAACUACGCCCUCAACAUCACCCAGCCCAUACUGGAGUUCUUUGAGAAAUAUUACAACGCCACCUAUCCACUCUCGAAAUCAGAUCAGAUCGCCUUGCCUGACUUCAGUGCUGGAGCCAUGGAGAACUGGGGCCUGGUCACGUACAGGGAGACGGCACUGCUGUAUGAUCCUCAAACCUCCGCUAACGGCAACAAGCAGAGGAUCGGAACCGUGAUCUCUCACGAGCUGGCUCACAUGUGGUUUGGAAACCUGGUGACGCUGAAAUGGUGGAACGAUCUGUGGUUGAAUGAAGGCUUCGCGUCAUACGUGGAGUACCUUGGUGCCGACUACGCAGAACCGACCUGGAACAUCAAAGACCAGAUCAUACUGUACGACAUUUAUCGGGCGUUUGCGGUGGACAGCCUGGCGUCCUCUCACCCUUUGUCCUGUAAAGAGGAGGAGGUCAACACACCGGCGGAAAUCGCACAGAUGUUUAACACCAUUUCAUACAGCAAGGGUGCUGCAGUACUCAGGAUGCUCUCUCAGUUCCUCACAGAACCCGUAUUUGCUAAAGGACUCAGUACGUAUCUGAACCAGUUUGCUUUUGGGAGCUCCACGUAUUCUGACCUUUGGGAUCAUCUUCAGAAAGCGGUUGAUGUGACUCCACAGUUAAAGUUGCCACACAGCAUCCACGACAUCAUGAACCGCUGGAUCCUUCAGAUGGGUUUCCCAGUGGUCACCAUUAACACCCAAACAGGAGAAGUGAGCCAGAAGCAUUUCCUGCUGGAGCCAAAUUCCACGGUGGAGAGAUCAUCUGAAUUCAAUUAUGAGUGGUUUAUACCUAUUAAAUGGAUGAAGAAAGGUGGUGAGCAGGAUCAGCUUUGGCUUCUUCAAAAAUCAGCAAUGCACAAACCUAUGAAGGUCAGCACAGGUGAAUGGGUGUUGGCCAAUCUAAAUGUUUCGGGAUACUACAGAGUGAACUAUGACCCUGAGAACUGGAAUCAGCUUCUUAAUCAACUAAACUCCAACCACCAGGUGAUACCAGUGAUGAAUCGAGCACAAAUCCUGGAUGACGCAUUUAACCUAGCGAGGGCGUCCAUCACAAACAUUACCCUCGCUCUGAGAAUGACCAAAUACCUCUCUGUGGAGAGGGAGUACAUCCCGUGGGAAGCCGUCCUGAGGAAUCUCGACUCUUUGUACGCCGUGUUCGAACGCAGCGAAGUUUAUGGACCGAUGCAGGCGUACCUCCGAAAACAAGUCAAGCCUCUGUUUGAUCAUUUCACUGCUACUACUGGGAACUGGACGACUGUCCCAGCAGGCCACACCGACCAAUUCACACAGAUAAUUGCAUUGUCACUGGCAUGCAGUACUGAUGUACCAAGCUGCAUUGAUCUCACUAAACAAUGGUUCAGACAGUGGAUGCAGGAUCCUGAUCACAACAGGAUUCAUCCCAACCUGAGGUCCACAGUGUACUGCAAUGCCAUCGCUGCAGGAGGGGUGGACGAAUGGGAUUUUGGUUGGAAGAUGUUUAAAAGGGCCACAGUAGCAGCUGAAGCGGUCAAGCUGAGGUCGGCUCUGGCCUGCACCAAGCAGCCAUGGCUUCUUAACAGGUACCUUGAAUACACAAUAAAUCCUGAAAUGAUUCGCAAGCAGGACGCAACCAUGACAAUAGGCUCCAUUGCCAGUAAUGAGAUUGGCCAGCCUCUGGCAUGGGAUUUUGUCAGAGCACGAUGGGCAUACCUGUUCAACGUGUACGGAUCUGGAUCGUUCAGCUUCCCCAGGUUAAUAAGUGUCGUCACUUCCAGAUUCAGCACGCCGUUCGAGCUGAGUCAGCUACAGCAGUUCCAGAAAGACAACGCAGACGUGGGUUUUGGAUCAGCGUCGAAAGCUGUGCACCAAGCUAUCGAGAAGAUAACAGCCAGGAUCAAAUGGCUGGCGGAGAACAAGGAGCAGGUUCUACAGUGGUUCAUCUCCGAGUCGGCGUGAUUCACACCGCACUGAAACCUCGCUGUAAAUAAACGGGUUCAUGUGCAGCACCAGUGACCUGAAUUUCUGUCACAUUAAAACAAAACUAACUGAACAAUGAACAAAACAUACAAAGCUUGUUUAAUUUCUCUAACAGACAGUUUAAAGACAUUAAACUUUACCCCACUCCAGUCUCACAAAUAAAAAGACAGUGGACUCUCUUGUGAAAUUGCCAGGAUCUCAACACCAGAACGUGGUUUUUCUGCAGUUUAACCACAACAUCCGGCCAAACCCAGCCAUCUGCUCCUGCAGGACAAACCCGACUGCCUUUAUUUUGUAAUAAAAAAGUUUCAAAAUGAAA